AUGGCUCCCGCCAAUCGACCUAUGGGCCCCUCCACGCGCGCUCUGCAUGCCGAUGAUGCCUUGAAUGUGGUCUCAGAUGUGGCUCCUCCCAUGCAUGUUGCUACGACGUUUCGGUACUCUGACAAUCCAGACGAUCUGGUGCCGGUCGCGGACCUCAGUGGGCAGGACCAGGAGAAGACAACGCACAUCUACUCUCGACUGACUGCCCCCAAUCCUACCCGUUUUGAGGCUAUCUUGUCGUCUCUCCUCAAUGGAGAAGUCAUCAGCUACUCCUCUGGGCUGUCGGCCUUGCAUGCGGCGCUGGUCUUGCUUAACCCCCGCCGAAUUGCCAUUGGAAACGGUUAUCACGGAUGCCACGGCGUGAUUUCUCUGUUCACGCGCCUGACUGGACUUCAGAAGGUAGAUCUGGACUGCCCUGUGGAACAGCUGGAGGCUGGCGACGUUAUUCAUCUGGAAACACCGGUGAACCCCGAGGGAACCGCCUUCAAUAUCCAAGCGUAUGCCGAGAAGGCCCAUUCACGAGGCGCAUAUCUCGUUGUUGAUGGCACGUUUGCCCCGCCAUUUCUCCAAGACCCUUUCAAAUGGGGAGCCGACUUGGUGAUGCAUUCGGGGACCAAAUACUUUGGUGGACAUAGUGAUGUUCUUUGCGGGGUUCUUGCCACCCGGCGCAAGGACUGGGCGAAACAACUGUCCCAGGACCGGGUCUUCUUGGGCAGCGUGAUGGGGAACAUGGAAAGCUGGCUAGGCGUUCGCAGCUUGCGGACUCUGGAAAUCCGAGUGCAGCGCCAGAGCCAAAACGCGACGAGCCUCGUGUCAUGGCUGAAUGAUGCACUGCAUGCGCCCAGCCCCGCUCCGGAUAGCGACGAGGCUGUGGUUCAGCGGGCCCUCGAGCGGGUUUUCCAUGCGAGCUUACAGAAGGAGGAUGAGUCGUGGUUGUUGAAGCAGAUGCCUUGUGGGUUCGGCCCGGUCUUCUCAAUCACUAUGAAGACGGAGGACUUUGCCCGAAAGCUUCCAAGCAAGCUGGCUUUCUUCCAGCAUGCCACCAGCCUUGGAGGUGUCGAGACGUUGAUCGAGUGGCGGACGAUGUCAGACGCAACAGUGGAUCGCCGGUUGCUGCGUAUCAGUGUUGGAUUAGAGAAUUGGGAGGAUCUCCGCCAGGAUCUGGUGACUGCGUUCGGGGAAUUAGUCGAGGGUAAAUAA